AUGGCGGACUCGGAGCUGCAGCUGGUGGCGCGGUGGGUCCGCAGCUUUCCUGACUUCCCCAUCCUGGGCGUGCUGUUCAGGGACAUCUCACCCCUCCUGAAGGACCCCGACUCCUUCCGCACCUCCAUCAGCCUCCUGGCAAACCACCUGAAGAAGACCCAUGGCAGCAGGAUCGACUACAUCACAGGCCUGGACUCCCGCGGCUUCCUCUUCAGCCCCUCCCUGGCCCAGGAGCUCGGCCUGGGCUGCGUGCUCAUCCGGAAGCGGGGAAAGCUGCUGGGCCCCAAGCUGUCUGCCUCCUAUGCCCUGAAGUAUGGAAAGGCUGAGCUGGAAAUCCAGAGCGAUGCCCUCGAGCCGGGGCAGAAGUUGGUGGUCAUGGACAACCUGCUCGCCACGGGCAGAACCAUGUGUGCCGCCUGUGAGCUGCUGGGCCAGCUGCAGGCUGAGGUGCUGGAGUGCGUGACCCUGGUGGAGCUGACCUCGCUGAAGGGGUGUGAGAAGCUGGCACCCGUGCCCUUCUUCUCCCUCCUGCAGUACGAGUGA